AUGACAUUGGUGAGAAACUGCAGGCAAAGAAAACCCGUAUUUCUCACUAAAGCAGAGCGAGAACAAUUAGCCCUCAAGCGCCGCCAAGAUGAAUUUGAAGAACAGAAGCGCCGAUCCGAACAGCUUCUCCUCCAGAGCAACCCUAAUUCUUCCACCUCUAAACCCCCUCCGUCGUCUGAUGACGCUUCCCGUAACCACCGUUCUUCUCGUGAUUACGACCGUGACCGUGACCGUGACCGUGACCGUGAUCGCCGGGACAGAGACAGAGAUAGAGAUAGGGAUAGAGAACGGGAGAGGGAGAGGGAAAGGGAAAGAGAAAGGGAACGGGACUCUGAGCGGCGGAACCGGGAUAGAGAACGUGAUGAAGAGCACAAAGCUAGGGAAAAAGCUCGAUUGGAGAAGCUUGCGGAGCGAGAGCGCGAAAAGGAGCUCGAUGCCAUCAAGGAGCAGUACUUGGGAUCAAAGAAGCCUAAGAAAAGGGUUAUUAAACCCAGCGAGAAGUUCCGUUUCUCCUUCGAUUGGGAGAACACCGAGGACACUUCUCGUGAUAUGAACGUUCUCUAUCAAAACCCUCACGAGGCUCGUCUUCUAUUUGGAAGAGGUUUCCGCGCCGGUAUGGAUCGCAGAGAGCAGAAAAAGUUAGCAGCAAAAGAAUGA